UGGCGCAUAUUAAUAUGUAGGGCAAAGGUAGUGGUCGAGACUGUUUAUGCGUCGUAUCCAUUCACCAGUGUUGUAACAAUGCUGUUCAACAAGGUGCUCAGAGCCAGUGUGCGGUCUGGGGUCAGGCUGCAGAGCUCCAGUGCUGCUGCCGCUGCAGCAUCUCACAGUGGCGCUUCAGUAUCCGCCGGCUACUCUUUUGAGCUGACCGAUCAGCAAAAGGAGUUCCAACAGCUGGCGAGGAAGUUUGCACGUGAAGAGAUCGUCCCUGCUGCACCCUCUUAUGACAGGAGUGGUGAAUAUCCUGUUCCAAUCAUCAAGAAAGCAUGGGAGCUUGGUCUGAUGAACGGUCACAUUCCACAGGAAUAUGGUGGAAUGGGCUUGUCAAUCUUUGACAACUGCCUCAUCACAGAAGAGUUGGCCUAUGGCUGCACAGGAAUGCAGACUGCUAUCGAAGCAAACUCUCUGGGACAAAUGCCUGUUAUUUUAGCUGGCAGUGAUGCACAAAAGAAGAAAUACCUGGGAAGGAUGACAGAGGAGCCUCUUAUGUGUGCGUACUGUGUCACAGAGCCGGGGGCGGGCUCUGACGUGGCCGGCGUCAAGACCAGAGCUGUGAAGAUGGGUGAUGAGUAUGUUGUUAACGGGCAGAAGAUGUGGAUCACCAAUGGUGGGAAAGCUAACUGGUACUUCCUCCUGGCCCGCACUAACCCAGAUCCUAAAUGUCCAGCCAGCAAAGCUUUUACCGGCUUCAUUUUGGAUGCUGACAGUCCAGGAAUUCAACUGGGAAGGAAGGAGAUGAACAUGGGCCAGAGGUGCUCUGAUACCAGAGGCAUCACCUUUGAGGAUGUGAGGAUACCGAAGGAGAACGUCCUGAUUGCAGAGGGAUCUGGCUUCAAAAUUGCCAUGGGGGCCUUCGACAACACCAGACCACCAGUAGCAGCAGGAGCAACAGGCCUGGCACAGAGGGCACUUGAUGAAGCCACCAAUUACGCACUUGAGAGGAAGACCUUUGGCAAAGUUAUCGCUGAGCACCAGGCUGUGUCCUUCCUCCUGGCUGAGAUGGCGAUGAAGGUGGAGCUGGCCAGGAUGGCGUACCAGCGGUCCGCCUGGGAAGUGGACCAGGGCCGCAGAAACACCUACUACGCCUCCAUCGCCAAGGCCUUCGCUGGAGACAUCGCCAACCAGGUGGCCACUGACGCCGUUCAGGUGUUUGGAGGCAACGGCUUCAACAGCGAAUACCCGGUAGAGAAGCUGAUGAGGGACGCCAAGAUCUACCAGAUCUAUGAGGGCACAGCUCAAAUCCAAAGACUCAUUAUUGCCCGAGAACACCUGGGAAGAUACAAGAAAUGAACUCUGCACUCCUGACUUGUCCUCAUUCAAAUGUACUUAAUUGUAACUUUUCUAUACAAACAUGUGUGCCUGGAAAUAGAUCUGCUUUCUUAAACUCAGGAUCUUGUAGUGAAAUUGUGUUUGCCUCAACACCACAUCAUCCUGCCUUGAUUUUUCAGACUGUUCCAGACACUGAACUGGUACACAGCAGUCCACCUUUCUAAACAGUAAACAUCAAAACCCGUCAGCAAGACCUGUCCCGUUUUUCUAAGGAUUUUCCAAAUGCAGCUCAGAACUGUGGCCUUAUUUUGUGACUCACUGAGGUGAUGGGGAUCACCACAUGUAGGCGAAACAUCAUGUGACCAUGGCUCUAGCCUCUGCAGGUUGUGAAUAAAAGCAGUCAGGAUAUGAUGUGAAAAGUACUGCAUUUAUUUACAAUUAGCCUGGAUAAACUGGGAUAUAUUUAACUCAAUGAGGUGACUUGGGCAGCCCAAAAACGCAUAAUUAAUUUAGCCUUUUAGUGAGGCUUGAGUGUCUCUUUUUGGGGAAGAGGAGCAGGUUCAGACUCCCCUUCAGCCUUACACUGUGCAAGUGUUGCAACUCUGUAAUAAAGUGUUGAUUUGGUUUCAUUCUCCGUUCUGAUUGGCAGUAAAAUCAAAGAUGAUGAUUCUCAGAAACUUACUUUCAUGCCGUAUUUUGCCUCUGACAUCCUACCAACUGUGACACACUUAUAGUGUUUGAGUAUCCCUGUUGAUCUUCACUGCCAGUUCAACAAAAUCAAACUUCAAAAAAUAAUUCCUCAGACUUUGUGGAUUCAGUGCAAAGAUAAAUACCGUAGAGGCAAUUUAGCUUUUGGUCUGUACAAAUCAAUUUCUCACCAGAAUGUGUUAGAAACAUAGAAUGUGUGUCUAAUGAUUUGUUUAACAGCUGUUAAAAUGCAUGUUGACUGAAAAUGUUUUUCUGUCUGAUUAGGCAGUUUUUAAGGAUCUAUAUUGCCGUCAGUUCUGCAUUACUAGCCAAGAUCAAAGAUAGAGAGGCAUCAGCUUUACACUUAACCAUGAACAAUGUCUGCAGAGUGUGUGGUGUGAUAUGUAGGCUCUGGUUCAGCUGUCACUGCAACACAGUGAUCACACUCAUGACAGCACUCAAACUUGUCUGUAUAUCAUCCAUUUAUUAAAUUAUUCCAUCCAAUCUGGAA